GCAGUAUCGCACUAGGAUUUUUGUCGUUCGUACGUGCAUCAAACGCCAGCGGUCCGACGACAUGAAGCAGCAACUGGACUUGGUGUCGGACAACCGCUGUUUCGACGGACAGCAAAAGGUCUUCGCACACGAUAGUGCUGUACUUAAUUACCAUAUGAAAUUUUCUGUAUACAUACCGGACAAUUUGGAAGGACCUGCUCCAGUCUUAUAUCAUUUGAGUGGUAUGUUAUGUUCUGAACAAACUUUUAUACAAAAGGCAGGGUUUCAACGAUGGGCAUCACAUUAUGGAAUAAUUGUUGUAUCACCAGAUAUUUGUCCAAGGGUUACUUUUGGUGAUGAAAAGAAUGAAAUUGAAGCUAAAGGCUUAUCAUUUUAUGUAAACGCUGUUAAAAAACCGUGGAACAAGCAUUACCAAAUGUAUUCAUAUGUGAAUGAAGAGCUACCAAGUAUUAUUCAGGAGAACUUUAAUGUCAACAAAGACAGGCAGUCAAUCAUGGGUCACAGUAUGGGAGGUCAUGGUGCAUUAAUAAGUGCAUUAAAAAACCCUGGCAAGUAUCGUUCAGUAUCAGCUUUUGCUCCAGUUUGUAACCCAUCUGUAUCACCUGAUGAACGAUACCUACUAAAGUGUUAUUUUGGGGAUGAUUCAAAAACUUUGGAAGAAUGGGAUGCUACCUGCUUAGUAACUAAUUAUAAAGGACCAGAAUUAAAUAUUCUCAUACAUCAAGGAAAAAAUGAUGAACAUGAAGAAGAUUUAAAAUUAGAAAAUUUUGCAAGUGCUUGUAAAAAAGCAAGAAUUGCAGUUUCAAUAAAUUUAGAAGAAGGAUAUGACCAUGGUUUUUAUUUUAUUUCAAGUUUUAUGGAACAACAUUUUCAUCAUCAUUCUAAAUUUUUAUGUGAUUCUUUGUAAUUUAUUUAACUUAUUGUAUUUUUAAGUUGUAUUAUACUUAUAUAAUGUGUGGUGUAUCAA